UCCAUAGCGUUCACUUGUGCCACAUAAAAACAUCUAUUUAUAUUGCUGCUUUUGCUGUCUUGUGUUUUAUUAAUUACGUCUAUAUUUUUUUUGCCUCAAUAUGGAGUUUCUGCAACUCAUAUUCCUAAUCUCCUUUACCAUACCUUUAUGCGUCUCUUUGAUCUUCCAAACUUGUGCUGGUGAAAAAUGGUUUAGCUCGUCAUCAGAUUAUCAACAUCUUUCAGUCAGAGACCAGAUUGUUGGAUUGGCUAAUGACCCCAAUACGGUGAAAUGGAUGAAGAGCAUAAGGAGAAGAAUCCAUGAGAACCCGGAACUUGCUUUCCAAGAAUUCCAAACUAGUGAGCUUAUAAGGCAUGAGCUUGAUCGGCUCGGUGUUUCGUAUCGGUGGCCCGUGGCGCGGACCGGCGUCGUUGCCACUAUUGGGACCGGCUCUCCACCCUUUGUUGCUCUCAGAGCAGAUAUGGAUGCCUUGCCUAUUCAGGAACUGGUGGAAUGGGAGCACAAAAGCAAAAAGGACGGAGAAAUGCACGCUUGCGGUCACGACGUGCACGUUACGAUGCUCCUUGGCGCCGCAAAGAUACUUAAAGAACUCAGAGAUCUGUUACAGGGAACUGUAGUACUUCUAUUCCAACCAGCUGAGGAGCGUGGUUUUGGUGCAAAGGACAUGAUUAAAGAAGGGGCGCUUGAUGGGGUAGAGGCCAUCCUUGGCUUGCACGUUUCGCCUGACUUCCCCACAGGCGUUGUUGCAGCGCGGCCAAGGGAAUUUCUCGCUGGCUGCGGUAGCUUCACUGCGAAAAUCAGCGGCAAAGGUGGUCAUGCAGCAAUUCCACAACAAUCCAUUGAUCCAAUCUUGGCAGUGUCAACCUCAGUAAUCAGCUUGCAGAGCAUUGUUUCCAGAGAGAUAGACCCUUUAGAUUCCCAGGUAGUUUCUGUGGCUAUGAUUCAUGCGGGGACAACUUUCAAUGUCAUCCCUGAUUCGGCUACAAUAGCCGGUACUUUUAGAGCUUUUAGCAAGAAAAGCUUCAAGGCUUUGAGGGAAAGAAUAGAAGAGGUCAUCAAAGGGCAAGCGGCGGUGCACCGGUGCACGGCUGAGAUUGACUUCUCCGGAGAGGGACAAACAAGUAUUCCACCGACCAUAAACAACGAGAGAAUUUACAAACAUGUGCAGCGCGUCUCAAGCGAAAUAGUCGGAGAAGAAAACACACAAUUGUCCAACACCAUCAUGGGGAGUGAAGAUUUUGCUUUCUACUUGGAUAAGGUUCCCGGAUCAUUCUUGAUGUUAGGCAUAAGAAAUGAAAAUAUGGGAGCCAUAUAUUCACCACAUAGCCCUUACUUCCUUGUUGACGAGGAUGUGCUUCCCGUUGGGGCAGCAAUACAUGCAGCUUUCGCAGUUUCUUACCUCUCGGAUUCAUCCAAGAAGUUAAAUUCACAAUGCUAGCUCUUUUGUGUCUAUAUAUAAUACAUAUGUAUAUACAUUUUCACAAAAUUUUCCCUCAAUCAAUCCAUUGAAUGUUUUACAGAUUCAACUCUCUUGAAUCUGUUUGUCCUUAUUUUGAUCAGGGUAAUAUUGAAAGAAUUAUAAGGUGUAACACAUUAUUUUUCUUGGGGGUUUCACAGGUAUAAGCAAUCGAUUGAGGAACAUGAAUGCUAUAACCCCAAAUGUAUAUACUUUUCAUGUAUAAUCCCUAUUUACCCAAGUAUUGAAGCAAAGAAGCUGAUAUUCUCUCC